GUCCAACCUGGUAGCCAUGGAGCUGAGGGAGAACUUGCUUAAGGUGCUCCCUGACUCCCUCUCGUUCCUGGUCAAGCUGGAGACGCUGGAUCUGGGAAGCAACGAGCUGGAGGAACUCCCAGAGACCCUCGGAGCUCUACCUAACCUCUCAGAGCUCUGGCUGGACUGUAAUCAACUCACCAUCCUCCCACCGGAGAUCGGAAACCUAGGUAACCUCACAUGUUUAGAUGUAUCAGAGAACAACCUGCAGUGUUUACCAGAUGAAAUAGGAGGUCUUCAGAGUCUCACAGAUCUCACCUUGUCACAGAACUGCCUAGAAAAGUUACCUGAAGGAAUUGGUAAAUUGAAAGAGCUGAGCAUCCUCAAAAUAGACCAGAAUAGACUAAUUACCCUCACACCAGCAAUUGGGAGCUGUGAAAACAUGCAAGAGCUUAUUCUGACAGAGAACUUAUUACAGGAAGUUCCACCAACGGUCGGUUCCUUGAGACAUCUUAACAACUUCAACGUAGACCGAAACAGAUUAACCCAGCUACCUGCUCAGAUCGGGAAAUGCACACGUCUCGGCGUCCUAUCCCUCCGAGACAACAGACUUCUUCGUCUCCCGCCCGAGCUGGGUCAGCUACGAGAGCUUCACGUUCUGGAUGUAUGCGGUAAUCGGCUGGACUGGUUACCCAUCCAGCUGGCAAAUUGCAACCUAAAAGCACUCUGGCUCUCAGAAAACCAGUCCCAACCUAUGCUGAAUUUCCAGACCGAAGAAAUAGGACCACAGAGGCUGAAAGUCUUAACGUGUUUUCUUCUACCACAGAAGGGACCAUCAGAGGGAAUGGAUGUUCUAACAGAUUAUGACAACUUGAACAUCGGUGCCCUGGACACGGAUGCAGUCAACCUAGAGGGUAGAGCCAGGAUGGCCAUGUUCGCUGAUGGAGUCGUUGAUAAUGAAGGAAAAUCAACGCCGUUCUCAAGACAAGACACACCCCACCCCAAGGAUCUCAAGUCCAGACAUCCCAAGUACUUCCAGGUUAAAGAGGGUGGCAAGUCAGAAGAUGAAGCCGAACCGACAGAGAACGGUGGGGUAGUCUUAGAGAAUGGACACACGGUGAGCCCCCACGUGGAGGUCCAGCAGCAGUACGUCUCGCCCGUCGCCGAGGGCAGGGGGGUCUCGUUCGACAGCAACGUUGCACCCACCAUCGCCGUGACGACAUGCUCUGCCCCUGACGCAGAGACGGGAGGAAGGUCAGAUCUGGUAGAUGGGCUAGAGGAUAAGCUUUCUGUGGAUGGUAGGACAGGAGGUCUCACACCCGAAGACUCGGAUAACGAUGGGGACAGGCACGUGGGGUUUGCGAGCGACGUAGAAGACCAGCUGACGUCGGAAGACAUCAGGUUACAUCGGCGAGACACGCCGCACUAUCUCAAGAACAAACGGGUAGACAUGGUCGGGGAGCCGGACGCGGAGACAGCGGCGCUGUUAGAGAAGGUGAUUGCUAGGAAUUCAGUGAGUUCGGUGGGCAUGGACACCCAGGAAGAGAAGAUGGUGAUAAACUUCAGCCGUGAUGGCAGUGGUCUUGGUAUUAGUAUAGCUGGUGGGAAAGGAUCCACACCUUACAAGGGAAAUGAUGAGGGUAUCUUCAUUUCCAGGGUAGUAGAAGGAGGAAUAGCAGCCAAAAAUGGUCUCGCACUAGGCGACAAAAUUCUAACAGUAAACAGCACCAACUUGGAGAACGCAGAUCAUCUGGAAGCGGUAGAAGCACUGAAGGCUGCGGGGAACAGCAUCCACAUGGUGGUCACCAGGGAGGUGCUCGUAUCCUCUGAAAGCAAAGCUCAGGAAAAACAACCCCCCUCUCUGACAAUGGAACCUUCCUUAGAUGAACACGGGGUGAGUAUGUGCACCGCCUUUCAAUCGCAAAUGGGAGCAAGUGUGACAGUGAAUUCAACUUUAAGUGAUUAAUAUUCUUCCCAUUUCUACGACAGUUUGCUUGUAUUUUGAGCCACAUUUUAGGCAUGGCUAUAUCAUGCUAGGAGAUAUAUUAGGCAAGACAUCAGACUUUGUAGGCAAGACUUCAGACUGUUUGCUCGCUGGUCAUGGAUUGCGCUAUCAAUUACCGGUGGUGAUCGGUGACAUGUACUUCACAUGUUAUCACCACUUGUGAUAGGAACCAUAUUUUAUGCUCCUCACUGACUGCAGAAGCUAAAGGUUAAAUAGGGUCUUUGGAUAUUGAAUCUCUUUCUAAACUUUUUAUAAGGUAUUUAAUCAUAUUAGAAUUUAGGUACACUUGUUAGAUCACCAGGUUUGAUUUGGGUACAUGUAUGUCAUAAUUAGCUUUAUUCAUAAUUCCACUUUAAAAUUCAUGUGUAACUUAAACAAAAAAGAUUUAUGAAAUAGCCUUCUUUGGUGAUUACAUCAAUGUCUGCAUAGUUUAUGACCUGUAAUGUGGGAUUUUAGGUGAACAGAAGCAAAAAUAGUUUGACGAGACAAUAAUUGUAACAUGCAUUCUGUCAGAAGAUGAAUGAAGAAAAGGAAUGAUUUAUGAAAGAAAUAGUUUGAAUGAAUAUUUAGUCUGCAUGUGCAACCCAGUUAGUGCUUUGUAUGUGGUCAAACUCAUGAAAAGUCCUCGGAUUGGUUUUGCAUGAUGAAUGAUCAGUUUGUGCACUUUGGUUUCGAGAGGUUAUAGAGAAAGUGAAUAUUUCAGGGAGGAUGUUUUAUACCUAUGCUUGAUUUAAAGGCAGGGUUUGAAAUAAUAAAUACAACCUGUUCUAAAAUAUCAGAAGAGGUGGAAAUACGAGUAUCAAAAUCACAACAGAGUGUGAAAUGAAUGGGGGUAGAACAACAAGAAUGAGACAAACAAAUUCUGUAAAAAAAUGGGGAGCAAGCCUGGGUUAUUCUAUCCUAUUUCUUUACACCUGUACAUUUAGAACAAGAAUUUGUUUAUUGUUCUCAGCCUAAAAUGCAUGGUUUGGUGUUGUACACAGUGCAAUGCGCAUGGACUUUAGGGCAUGAUGUGUUAUCACUUCUAGAUGCUUGGCUCACACCUUUGAGAUAGAUGUCUGUGAAAUACAUGUAGCUCGCAAAUCCAACAAAAACCAUGUGGAAAUGAUCUUCUGUCAGAGAGAAACGCUGAUAAUAGUUGUCUUUUUUUAUUGGUCCUUUAUUACAGAAACAUAUAUCGCAAAUCAAUGGGGGUUGGCUGUGAGAGAAAAUAACAAAGAGAAGGCUCACUUAUUUAUUUUCAUUUAUUUAUCUUUCUCCAAAAUAUCAUGCAAAACCAAAUAGAAUCUUUAAGAAAAUAGGGAAAAAUUAUGAAAUAUUACCUUCUAUU